CUUCUCUCUACUAUAUCUUGAGCAGCCAUUCACAGCUGCUGUAGCCAUCUCUCUUCGACCUCAACCUCUCGGUGCUCUCCGCUCUUCUCCUAUCCCCCGCCUUCCUCCAGCCUCGCCCCGCUCGCCCACCAUGGCUUCUCACGAUGAUGAUACCAUGCCCGAGGAGACUCAGGGCUACAAGCUCUCUCAGCCCAAGCAGAGUCUGGCUGAGUACCAGCAGAUGGAUGCUGGCGAUGAGUCCCUGCAGCGAUACAAGGAGUCUCUCGGUCUCGGUGGUGGCACCGACAUCUCUGACCCCAACGACCCCCGAGUCUGCAUCAUCCUGUCCCUGACCAUGGACUCUCCCGGCCGCGACCCCGUCACCAUUGACCUCUCUACUCCCGGCAGCGAGAACACCCUCAAGGACAAGCCCUUCACAAUCAAGGAGGGAGCCAAGUUUACCAUGAGCGCCAAGUUCAAGGUCCAGCACGAGAUCCUCAGCGGUCUUCACUACGUUCAGGUCGUUAAGCGAAAGGGUAUCCGGGUCUCCAAGGACUCUGAGAUGAUUGGCAGCUACGCUCCCAACACUGACCGACAGACCACCUACGAGAAGCGAUUCCAGGAGGAGGAGGCCCCCAGCGGCAUGCUCGCCCGCGGCCACUACAACGCCGUCUCGAGCUUCGUGGAUGACGACAAGAAGAAGCAUCUCGAGUUCGAGUGGAGCUUCGACAUUGCCAAGGACUGGUAGACCUGUAAAGGGUACCAAGGCACGACCUAACAGGUUUGGGUCGUGUAUCCCUAGGAAUCGCACAUAAACAAAUACCACAAGCCAUGAGAUAAUGAGAUACCUGAACAUUGGAUAAGGACGCAACACACACAAAAACCCACAUAAAAAGAGAAAAUCGAGGAUCGGAGCCGGGGAUGGGGAUGGGUGGAUGCUUUGUUUCUAUCAUCUAGCUCGUCGCAGACGAGGCAAUACUUCAACCUCACUUCCGAGUCUCAAGACUCCAAGGAGGGAAAAAAUCCGAUAUGCAUCAAGCUCUAUUUGCUAUGCAACAACUCU